AGCAUCCAUUGUCGGAGACGUGUCUCUCAGUCAGAGCAUCCUUCCGUCAUGGCGUCUGUUUGGGCUAAAUCCUUCGUAAGGCUGCCGGUCCUGUCUGUUUUCUGCCUCUUGCUGCUAUGUCUGCCUCCCGGGGGAGGACAGAAGAAGAAGGAGAAUCUGCUGUCAGAAAAGGUUGACCAGAUGAUGGAGUGGUCCUCUCGGCGUUCGGUCGUCCGGAUGAACGGGGACAAGUUCCGUCGCUUCGUCAAGGCCCCACCCAGGAACUACUCUGUCAUCGUCAUGUUCACCGCCCUGCAGCCUCAAAGGCAGUGUUCUGUCUGCAGGCAGGCGAAUGAGGAGUACCAGGUCCUGGCAAAUUCGUGGCGUUAUUCAUCAGCAUUUUCCAACAAACUCUUCUUUACGGUCGUGGACUACGAUGAGGGAGCUGAUGUCUUCCAACAGUUGAACAUGAACAGCGCUCCAACCUUCAUGCAUUUCCCGGCAAAAGGAAAGCCCAAGAGAGCUGAUACGUUUGACCUGCAAAGGAUUGGCUUUGCCUCAGAGCAGCUGGCCAAGUGGAUUGCAGACCGCACAGAUGUUCAGAUCCGUGUCUUCCGUCCCCCUAAUUAUUCAGGCACCAUUGCUUUGGCUCUGCUAGUGUCGCUUGUCGGAGGUCUGCUGUAUCUGAGGAGGAACAACUUGGAAUUCAUAUACAACAAGACUGGAUGGGCUAUGGCUGCACUGUGCGUCGUUUUUGCAAUGACCUCUGGUCAGAUGUGGAAUCACAUCAGAGGUCCUCCCUACGCCCACAAGAACCCCCAGAAUGGACAAGUGAGUUACAUUCAUGGCAGCAGUCAGGCCCAGUUUGUGGCUGAGUCCCACAUCAUCCUUCUCCUGAAUGCUGCAAUCACCAUGGGGAUGGUGUUGCUAAAUGAGGCUGCCACCUCCAAGGGAGACGUUGGCAAGAGGAGAAUCAUCUGCCUGGUUGGUCUUGGCCUGGUGGUGUUUUUCUUCAGCUUCCUGCUCUCCAUUUUCAGGUCCAAGUACCAUGGAUACCCCUACAGCUUCCUUAUUAAGUAAGAGAAAGGCAGAAGAGGAGGUCAGAGGAUGGCGAAGAGGCGGUAGGUGAGGAGGAGAGGAGUGGAGAAGAUACUUGAAGAGGAGGAGGCAGCGUCACUAUUGAAUCUAGAGUGCAUGGUGGGGUUUCUUUUUUUUGUGUUUUUUUUUUUUAUCGACUCCUGUCUUAAACUCGGCAAGCUGAAUGGAAAAUAAAUUAUUCCUUCUUACACUGGAAAAUAAAGGUGUUGGGCAUGUCUGUGUUUUUGUCAUUUUUUAUGGUUCCUUUCAGAAGCUGAAUAUUCUGUGCAGCUAGCUAUCCCUGUGACUGUGGUGUGUUGUUUUUAAUCCAUGUAGUGGGUCUUAUUUAUGAAGACUGUGUGAAGGGCUUGUUGAGAGGAAGCAGCAGGCUAGAAGGAUGUUUUAUGUUGUAAAAGUUGAACACAGAUGCAGCAAAGUUAAGUUUUUUUAUUUAGUUAGAACGAAUGAUUUUGAACCAGGUGUAAAAUCUCUAUACAUUUUAUCUUUCCAGGUGCCUGUCACAUCUGUCUCUUAUGGUGACAACACAGCUCUUGCAGAUAACGAUGCUAAUCCCAAGCUGUUAAAUUCCUGCUUCAGCUUCUGCUGUAGCUUUGGAGCUCAGUGAGAUUCUGCUUCAUGGUGCGAGCAGUUUUUAAUUGAUAAAGGUAAAAUACAAAUUGCUCGAACAAUGAACACUGUGCAGAUUCAUACAGACACAUAUGGAAUAAAUCCAGCCUUUCAUCACAGGUCGUAGGGAUUCCUCUCUCAGGCGGCAUGUUUACACAGUCUGGUGCCAGACUCUGUCGUAGCUGCUUUAAAUUUUCUUGGACCAGGACCAAAAUAUGUUCUUUCUCUGUAAUCCCUGUAAUCCCACGGAAUACUUAUUGUAUAUCUGUCGGCAAAAUGGGUUAAUUUGUAACUGUCUUCAUCCGUGUAAUCUCACAAAAUGUUUAUUUUACGUGUCUGCAAAAUGUUCAGCGGGUUUAUUUUCAGCUAACAGAAUCAUAGUUCAUGUGGCAUCUAAAACAGCUUGGAGGAGGUUAUAAAAAGCUUGUGGUCAGUAGUAAAUAAAUAGUCUGAAUUGACCAGUAUGAAACAGGGCACACACCCAAGAUGUGAGUGUUAAAGCAACGUCUCCACAGUCUUACUUUUUGCUGCACUAAAUGAACUUCUCCGCACACUGGCAAACAAUCUUAAAUCACUAAUGCAAAAUAGUAACACAUUCACUGAGUUGCACAAGGCUGGCUGCGAGUGCUGUAACUUUUCUUGCUGAAUGUGAGAAGCAUAGGUCAUUUGGAGAAUACAUGCAUUUCUAAUUCUUUCACUUGUGGACUGCCCACUGAAAAACUGAGUGGGCUGGAGCAUUGAUACCAUUUAUGUAACCCUUCUAUGCGUGGGCAGAUGGAGGAAUGGUGCUGCACAUAGACCAGUUUUGACAAAUGUAAUAAAAAUAUUCCCUCUCAGA